UGACUUGGCGCCAAAGAGCUUGGCGCUUAGGUACCUAUUCUAUUCGCAGUUUUCGCACGUCGCAUAUUCGCGGGUUAUGCUAUUUUUGUUGUGUAAUUGUGUGUUAUUGCGUUAAAUUGUGUAAAAUUGACUAAUUUAAGUGAAAUAGAUAAGAAUUGUUAAGAAUUAUUUUAAACAUGGAUCCCGCUAAAAUGAAAGUGCUCGAUCUACGAUCGGAGCUUGGUGCCCUCGGAUUAGACACUAAGGGCAACAAGCCGGCAUUAGUGGAAAGGUUAAAAAAGGCGCUCGAAGCUAAAUCAGGAAAAAACCUUCCCGACACAUCAAUUUUAGAUACUUCAACAGAGGAUGCCGACGAGCCUCCCACUCCUCGCAAACCAGCUCCCAGAACUACUAGAAGAACGUCAUCAUCAAGACUGGCUGCUACUCCUAUUAUAGAAAAUGGUGUAAAAACUGAAGACAAUGCUGAGGAAGCGGUGGAAGUGAAGACCGAACCAGCGGAAGCAGAUGACAGUACAGCUGACAGCGAGAAUAAGGAAGAAACCAGUGAGGUGCCAGAAGUGACUGAAGACCAAGUGAUGCUCGGAGCCAAACUCGACAAGAGGAUCAAGUUUGUUAUCCGCUCUUCUCUGCUACCGCCACCACCGCCUAAUCAGGCCUUUGAGACGACAAGGACCCCUGGGGGCUCCAUUCGAAAUACAGAACCUGUAACAAUAGCGCGCACUCCCAGGGGCUCUGUCAAAAGAAAACGUGUCGUCGAAGAGUCCAUUCAUUUCACCUCAGUCGAGAGGACAGCCGCCUGCGGAAUGGACCAGGAAGAGGAUGAGGCUGCGCUGGAGGAUCCGGAGCAAAUGGAGCAUGUGCGGAAGUGGGUGUGUGAGUUGCCGUCGCCAGGCACUUCCGGGUGUAUACCACCGUCGUCUAGUGUGCCCGACCCUGUGCCAUCAACAUCAGGUACUACGGUUCCUAUGCACACUAGAAUACGGGAAACCGAAGGCAGUGAGUUCGAUUCCGAUUUCGAUGAUGAAUUCGAUGUCGACGAACUCAUUGCUUCCGGCGGUAUGACUCGAAAUAUCCCGGACGACGACGAAUUGGAUGAUCGUGUUCGUAAAAUUGUACAAUCGGUGGAAAGCGCAAUGGAUGAAGCUGUCGACAACUUGGUUGGCACGUCUACUGUUUUCCAUUGGCAAGCAAACUUUGAUAGCUUUGGUGGUGUGCCUGAAACCUUUUCAGGGCCAACCCCAGGAGCUAUCAAAGACUACGAUACGCCCUAUGAAGCCUUUACAGAUAUCUGGAGUAGAGACAUCAUGGAGCUUAUCUGUAAGGAAACCAAUAGAUAUGCUAAGCAAGUUGUCGAUGCUGAAACUGCAGCUGGCACUUUGAAAGCAUCAUCUCGUUUACAUCGUUGGGUUGACACCGAUGUAGACGAGUUGUAUUUGCUUUUUGCUAUUUAUAUAUUCAUGGGGAUUGAUCCGCGUACUUCUCAGCAUGAAUAUUGGAAGGUCAACAGCUAUCUGGAAAUGCCAAAGUUCAGACAGUUGAUGACAUACAACCGCUUCAUAUUGCUAAGCAAAUUUCUGCAUUUUACGGACAAUUCUGAUGUGAGUCAGGAUUUGCCGUUAAGUGGAGGAAUACAGCUUUCAGCAAAGUUGCGGAAACUCGCACCAGUUAUUUCCCAUUUAAAUUCAAAAUUCGAGUGUUUGUACAAUUUAAAUCAAGAUAUAGCUAUUGACGAGUCAUUGACCUUAUACAAGGGCCGCUUGUCCUGGGCUCAAGCUAUAAGAUCAAAGGCCGCGCGAUUUGGUAUUAAAUCUUUUGAACUUUGCGAGUCUAAAACUGGAUAUAUGUACAGGUUUGAUAUUUACACUGGGAAGAAUUCUGAACGCAGCAAUGUGGCUCUUAGUGUUGAUUUAGCUGGCAAGAGUACCCAAGUGGUACUCGAUUUAUUGAAAGGUCUCGAUCGGAGAGGACACUGUGUUACGAUGGAUAAUUAUUAUAAUUGCCCAUCGUUGGCACGGUACCUUAAAACUUUGGGAUUUGAUUGUCUGGGGACAUUGCGCCCUAAUCGCGAACACGUACCAGAGGAGAUUGCUAAGGUUCCGAAGAAUGUGGCCAAGGGUACGAUCGUGAGUCGUCACUCUGGUGACGUUUCAUGCAUUGCAUGGAAAGACUCCAAAGUGGUCACUAUGAUCUCCACCUACCACACCGACGAAACCUAUGUAAGUCGAAAGGCUGGACGCGAGCUUGUAAAGCCCGUAGUUGUGAGAGAUUACAACAAUACUAUGGGAGGUGUUGAUCUGAAAGAUCAAAAACUCUCUAUGUAUUUGUUGGAGCGAAAGAGAUGUUUGAAAUGGUACAUGAAAAUGUUUAAAAGGCUGCUGAACGUCAGUGUGCACAACGCGCUCAUAUUAUUGUUGAGUUCUUUGGGUCGUCGAAAUAUGGCUUUGCUUACGCAUCGUAAAUUCCGCGAACAGCUCGCCUCAGCCCUCGUGACGGCUCAUCGCCGCCCGUCACGGGAGAUUGUAGUGCCUGUAGAGGAAAAUACGAGGCUAAGAAGGGACAUCAUGCACGUACCCGAAUACCUCGCCUCUAAUAAGAGAAUGCGUUGUCACAUUUGUCUUCGCAAUGGUACACGAAAGAUGGUGCAUUUGAAAUGCGAAACCUGCGACGAGGCUAUGUGCUUUGGGGAUUGUUGGAAGGUUUGGCAUACCGCCCAACAACUCCCAGGCAAAAUUAUCCACGUUCGAAAAGGGAGGCGUAAUUGAUAAUGCAUCAUCUUUUUGUACUUGAUUUGAAUGGUUCCUGAAUGAUGAUUAGAAUGUUCCUGAUGAAUGAAUGGAUUUGGUUGUGUUUGCCAUUAUGAUUCAAUUUCCCUAGACAAUAAUCUUUCCAUAAAUAGGACAAUUGCUUGUUAUGUUAUGAUGUAAAUUCCAGAUUUUUUACUCAUAGCAUUGGUUGACACUAGGCGGAAUUCUUAGUCAUACAGUAUUCUGUUGCUUUGCAGUUAGCGGCGCCCUUUGAGUAUAUAAAUAAGUGCCUUUGUGUCAGUUGUGGCAUUUGUUAUCCUUUCAUUCAACCCCAUUGUACAAUAUUACGACACGUUAUCUAGUUCGCGGUAUGUGUGCGCGUGUAAGAGAUGAUUGAAUGAUUGUUAUUAUAUCCUAGAUGUACAUAUUAUUAUAAUAAUGUAAUACAUAUUGACUGUAUGCAUCGUCAUGAUUGUUUCAUUAGAUUGUGUAUGUAUUUUAUAAUACACAAUUGUGUAUAUAUUUAGUUACUGUAACAUCUAUCAACAUAUAUUUUAUAGUUUGUAUUGUAAUUUUUUCUAUUUUGUUCGUCAACUGACUAGAUAUUAGUGGAUACUUUUGUGUUCAAAAUGAUGAUGAAAUGAGAAUGAUGUCAAAAUAAAUCAGUACCUAUUUGUAUACACAACUUUGUGUUUCUGGUUUUAUUUGAGUUUGUCCAUAAAAAAUUAUGUAUGUUAAUUGUAAUAAUCAAAAUAUUGUAUGAUUGUUUGUAUGAAAUACCUACCUAUUUUUUAUAAAUACCAUUUUUCAUAUUA